UCGCCUAGCUUUGGGACAGCCUCACACAACAUCUCUAUUGCCGCAACCCGGGAUCUACUUUAACAGCAACUUCUACCAAAUACAUUUAAAAAUACGGCAACAACGGAUAUGGAGGACCAACAAAGAUACAACUACCAUUCUUUAUGUCACACCUGCUCAAGAACAGAAAACAGAAAAAUAAAGAUCAGAAAGAUGCCCACUUCCAGUCGAGUGCUGAUGUUCACCAUGGCUUUGGCACUGUAUUUCGUUGAACUGGCCUCAGCCGAGACGUUGUGUGGCGGAGAACUGGUAGACGCGCUGCAGUUCGUGUGUGGAGACAAUGGGUUCUAUUUCAGCAGGCCCACCAGCAGGGGAAACAGCCGGCGCCCUCAGAAAGGGAUCGUGGAGGAGUGCUGCUUCCGCAGCUGUGACCUGAUGCUGCUGGAGCAGUACUGCGCCAAGCCCACCAAGUCCGAGCGGGACGUCUCCGCCACGUCGCUGCAGGUCGUGCCGGUGCUGCCGACGCUCGCCAAGGAUAUCCCAAGAAGGCCUUUGACCGUGAAGUAUUCCAAAUAUGAGGUGUGGCAGCGGAAGGCAGCCCAGAGGCUGAGGAGAGGGGUUCCCGCCGUCCUGAGAUCUAGAAAGUUCCGGCGGCAGGGGGACAUGGCCAGGGCCCAGGAGCAGGCCGAAUCCCACCGACAUCUGAUCACCCUUCCCGCCCGGCUCCCGAAACCCCUGCCCCCCACGGAACACCAACGCCAGCACCAGGCCAGCCGCAAAUGAAGUUAGGAUUGUUUGCACGGACAAAUUAAAUUGAAAAAAAAAAAACGACAAAACAAAAAAAAAAAGCAUAUCUGGAAGAGGAGGGAAAAAAACAAGAAGGAUUAUAGCUUUGUUCCUGGCAUCAUUUUGUGGCAGUCCUCCCUGGUACACCAGCCCUCCGAUCAGACAUGCACACACACACACACACACACACACCGUCCUGUCUCAACUUCUCUCACCCUCGCCCACAACGCACACCCGAAAAGGUUAAAAUAAUCAGUGAACAGUCAGACUGAAGGCAAAAAAAAUUCAGGUGGAUUCUAAUAAAGGAAAAGAAAAAGAGGAGGAGGGGGGGAAAAAAAAGAACAGAAAGGAAGAUGAAAAAGAUUUAGAGCUUGGCAAACGCAGAAGAGGAGGCACGGCAGAGUGGUUUUCAUUGGGGAAGACAACGCGAGGGGAACAGUGGCAAGCAGAGAAGACUUCAGUCCAUGCCAGUUUCCUGAGAAAGAAGGCCGCCUCUUUCUUAGUUUGUUUCUCAUUAGUUUGCACCUGUAAACUGUAAAGAGGGAAAUCCACACUGUUAAGGAAUUGUUUUGUUGAAAUUAGAUUCCUGUUCCAGCACCUUUUUGACCACAAACAAAAGAAAAAAAAAGCAGAGGAAAACGUCUGCAAAUUGCACAUCGCCACGGAUUACUUCAAAGUUCUUGUUUCUAAGUAAAAAGAGAAAAAAGGCACUAUUUUUUUAUGAACAAUGAACGUGUAGCUCAAAAACAAAUGUCAUGGUGCUACCUUUAGGAAAAGACUUAAAGGGGAGGAAGUUUGAAAAAAAAGCAUGUUUUUCUUUGAAUAAUUAUUAAAACUUUCCGUUUUAGGGAAAGUGAGACUUUGAAAAAAGAAAAGAAUUGCUUGGUUCUGGCCGUAGGAAAUGGGGAUGUCGCCGUACGCAGUGAUUGCGGCUGUACUACGAUGUAGGAGGUAGAGGCAGAACGCGGUCUGCCAUCAGAAUGCUGCCGUGUGCAGAGAAAGUGGAGAUAUCUGGAGAAAAACAAAAGGCAUGAGGUGGACUUCCUGGAACACAAGCCAACUUCCUGUUUGUGUGCGCAUAAACAGUGUCCUGUGCCCGAGACACUGAGACAUUAUGGACACAAAGCGAGAGUGAUGCUUCUGUUGGCUUUUCUGUUAUUUUCGUUUAAAACAUGUUUUAAGACCCUGUCAAAUUCUGGUACCGUGACAUUCCGUGUCUGCAACAUGACAUCUUUUUGAUUUCUUUUUUUGUUAUUUUUAUUGUUGUUGCUAUAUUAUUUUACAUUUCUUUAAAAAAAGGCACAAACUUCUUCAAGUCAAAGGGAAAAAACAGCAAUAAUGUCAACUAACAUUUUAUUUUUUAUUGUGUAUCAGUAGUAUUCACAUGCUUUUGCUUGAAAACAAAUACUUGAAUAUGUAUUAUUAGUUUCCAGGGACGUUAUGUUAUUUCCUUUUAGUCUGAGCUGUGUCUUGCAAAAUGAGCCGCCAAGCUUUUUUUGUUCUUUAAAUACAAAUAAUGGCACUGUAUAAAGGCAUUAUUUAUUUUGUCAUAAAAUAUAUAUGAAAAAUUGUCCAAAUAAUAUACUUAGCACUGAUACGCAACUGACAGGUUUUUGUACUUUCUCUUUUUUCCUCUUUUGACUUGUCAUGCAUUUUGUAGAUGCUUUGUACCAAAAAUAUCUCCCCCUUUUGUUUUUCUUUUGCCACCAAGUUAAGUCAAAUUGAGAUUUUAAAGAGAUGCAGUAGCCUGGAAUGCUUGGGCAUCCGAUGACAGAUUAGGCACAUACUCAGUCCCACACGUCUGGCUACCCGUCCCACUGCGGGGUUCCACGGGAGUCAGAAAGGGUGAUGCCCGAGAACAGGGGGGCACACAGUCAGCCCGGCCACUUUAGUAUGAAUAUUUAUAGGAUGUGUGACCCGUUUUGUGUGCGACCAACAAUGGAUGCAAUGUGUCUGGUGCGUGUUCCUCACCUUCAUCUUAGGUAAUGGUUUUAUUUAAUUGAAUUUUUUUUUUUUUUUUUUUUUUUUUUUGAUGAGAGGGUCUGUGUUAUGGCUUGGUGUUCUCACACAGUGCAGGUGUGCUACCCAUCAGUGUUAUCUAUUUUCAAGAAUUCUUGAAAUACUCCGAAAUAAAAAAUGGCAUGCCAUUCUUUCUCCAUAAGGUUCCCCACGUUAUACCUGUGCGUGUGCCUGUACGUAUGUGUGCGUGUGUGUGUGUGUGUGUGUGUGUUCGUAUGUGCAUGUGCAUGUGUGGGCGUGUGUGCAUGUGUGUGUGUGUGGGGAGGGGGGGGUUGGUGGUGGGGGGGGCAUGGUGCGAUCCAUUUCUUUGCACUCCCUGUCCAUCAGGAGUGUAUUUCUGAUGAAGUGAGACCAUGCAGAAAUGGAGAGCUCAGGAACAUGCAUGGCUCAUUGCUGAAUUGUAGAGUGAGGAUGGUGCAAUACCUCCUCCUGACUUCCCCGAUCAGUAGACCAUCAGAUCGGACCUGUGCCAGAGUUCCCCCCUUUUUAUUUUUACACCUGCCACGUGAAGCGGACCUUGCUCGGUCCUGCGCGGCCAAUUCGGGACAGAGGUAAAAGGAGCAUUCACCCCAUGUUCUCAGCCUGCUCACAUCUGGACCCAACCACAAAAUGCCCCUACAUGCAUGCAUGCACGCACACACACAUUCACACGCACACACACACGCAUGCAUACACAUGCAAGCACACAGACACACGCACUCAUGCACACAUACAUACGUGCGCACACGCGCACACACAAACACGCAUGUCUGUGUGUGCUGGGAUGAGGUUUUCAUGUACCAAGAGACGAUUGCAGCCAAUGGCAAUUUAGAGGCCUUCUGUUCUGCUCAGUGCCUCAGUGUGGCUGACUGUGCACACACAAAACUGGUAUCUGUGCACACAUAGGAUCUCUUUUUGUCCGAUCAUUUGUUUUCAGUUGUGUCACAAACCACUGCAAUUAUUAUUACAAUUAUUAUAAUUAUUUGGGUUGUCCAGGUAACUUCACAUAUGGCUUAUCAAAUGGUGUUUUUUUAUUUUUUAUUUCAGUUGUCUUCUUUAUGCUAGGACUGCAUUUAUUAUUAUUACAUCUUUCAAACAGGAUACUUUAGUUUUUUGUGAAUGGCGUAGGGGGCCGCUGGUGGUUGUUGAAUAUGAAGAGAUCUCUUUCACACCGAUAGUGAUGUGUCUGUGUCAGUCAACCACUCAGCCUGUGUGUACUUCAUUCAGUUUAACCUCUGCACGCUACAACAUCCAGAAAUGCACAAUCCAUGUACUUUCAUUUUUAAUAUCAAUAAAAACAGGUUAUCAUAUUUC